ACAAGCGUCCAAACGGUCGGACGUUUGCGCGGGCGAAACCUAGCGAAACGAACUCGAAAAUACCCUCGAAUAAAAAGUGUGUUCUGUCAAAACGAAACGUCAAAAUUGCCGCGCAAUCUGACACGUCGCGUCAAGGUCAUGAGUAAUGCCGAUGCAAUGCGUAUUAUUAAAUAUUGUAUAGAAUCGGUAUACAAGUAAAAUAUUUUAAUUAAUUGAUUUCCAGCUAACGUUAAAAAUACAAUUGUAACAUUGUUUGUAUUAACAAAGCAAGUUCUUACUUGACGUUAUAUAAAUUUUUGGUGUUUUCUACGUAAUAUAUUUUAGUGACGGAGAUAUGGUGACAGAGUGUUGACGUGGGUCGAUUAGUGUUGCUAAGAUAAAUGACAAUGAUGUGAUGUAAGUUGGUGUUCUGUGAAUAAUGAGGGCUUUAUCGCGAUAAGGAAUAUGUGUCAAAUGUGUGUGAGAUUUUGAAGAUAAUGUCACUGCAAGAGGCAUGCCUAGAGCAAGAAGCUCGGGUAGCUGAGCUCCGGUCGCUGGCAGCCAGGGUCGCCGCGGAGACAGGGUCCAGGGCACUGCAGGCCGAUGCCGACGCGUUGGCUCGCAGGCUCCAGCUGGUAGCUGGUGCGGUGCAGACUCUUGCAGACCUAGGCGAAGCCAGGCAGGUCGCCCGUGCUAAGGCACACCACGCCAAGGAGAUGUUCUGCGAUAUGCGGCAGGACCUUACCCCACUUCACGAAGAUGGAGAAAUAGUUGAAGAUAAACUUAUCGCUUUAAGAGAUAAUCUCAUCGCACUCGGUAAAAGCGAAGCUGACAUUGCUCCGGCUAAAGCUGAACUCCCUGACAUUGACCGUGAUGUUUCUGACGAACAUUCUAUUGUGAAAAUAUUGGAGCUAUGGCAAGCGAUGUUCAGAGAUACGUUCUUGCACUAUCACAGACUAUCGACAGCUUUAGUCAGGUCUGGAGAUGCUGCAACUGCUCUUAAAUUAUGGAAUGAAUACCUCUUAGAUCUACAGUCAUUCCUGUCUGGUUCCGUACCCGCUGAUUAUGAAAACCUAACAGAACAUAGACGUUUAUGUCGUGUACAUCGUAAUCUUCUAACAUCACAAAGAUCUAUUCUUAUAAAUGAGAACAGAGAAACAAAUAAUAGAGAUCUAGUUGAUAAAUUUGAUACCUUAACAAACCUUCAUAAUGAAACCUUAGCGAAAAUUGUGGAGCGACAUGAUGAAGUUAGUACUAGAAUUACAGCGUGGGAUAGUUAUAGAGAUAUUUGUACGGAACUACUUCGAUGGCUGAAGGAAAUAGAAAGAGAAAAGGAAAAGUUACAAUUAAGAUACGUUCAUAUAAAACGAAUACACAGAAUACUAACACAGAUACAGAAUCUCUGUGAUAAAUUGCCAGAAGGCCGUAAAUAUACAGAAAAUCUAUUCAGUAAUCUCAAAAAAAUUCUUGAGUUCACAGACGAUACUUAUGGAGCCUCUGUUAGAAUGGAAUAUGCCGGUAUAGUCAAAAGAGUGGACAACCUUCAAGCUAGUCUCGAUACAUGGAGAGAUUUUCUUACUCGAAUUUUAGGUCUUAUUGGUGAAUAUGACUCUCUAACAAGUGACUUACAGAAAAUGUUUUCAAAAACACAAAAUGAAAUUAAUUCAUACUCUGAUGAAGACCGCUUAUCUAGACCACAACUGAGAAAGGCUAUAGAAAAAUUCGCAGCCUUACGAACACAGGUUGAUAAGACUGAAACCCAGAUCGAAGCUCUUAGUGUAAUACAAGAACAAUUAAAGGAAUGCCUCAGUCCUCAAGAUAUUCGAAUUGUUAAUCAAAAAAUAUGGCAGUUAAGACAACAAAGAGCGGAUUUGGAACAUCAACUUUCUAUUAUUAUCCACAAGUUGCAAGAAAGGAUUGAAAUCUAUACAAUAUUUGACUCCAGACUGUCGCGAUUUUCUGAAUGGCUCAAAUCAGUAGAAUCUCGGUUUGAAUUAACAUCUUCAAGUAGUGAAGUAGGUGCGUUAGACCCUCAAGACCUAAUAAAGAGAAUAAAUUCUGACAUUCACGCUGAAACAACAUUAAAAGAAAGGGAAUUCGAAUGGAUUACAGAAACUGGUAGUACUUUAGUCGAGCUCUCUAAGAAAGACGAGAAGUCAUUUAGUAAAAGCACAACUAAACAGCUUAAAGAUAUUCAAGAACGUUGGUAUAAUUUACAAGAGUCGAGAAGAUGUAGAAUAGCUAAAAUCACAGAAUUAUUAGAAACCAUAUCGCAACUAGAAAUAAAACUGUCCGAGAUCAGAACCAAAUUACACAGUAUUGAAUCUAGAUUAACUGCUUCUGUUAUUCUUGAACAAUUAAAUACUAAAUCUGUUGACGCAAAGUUCCAAAAUCGUGACGAAAUCCAUAAAGAUAUUGAAAAUCAGAGUGAAGAGGUCGGUAAUACGCUAAACUUGUGUGAGUUUGUGUUUAAUGAUCCGGAUGUACUGAAAGGAAACUUUGACUUGAGAAAUCUCCGUAUGGGUGUCGAGAUUGUUGAUAAAAAAUGGAAAAACGUUUGCGAAAUGUCUGAACAACGAAAGAGUGCACUCAAAGAAAUCCGCAAGUCUGCUGAACUAGUAAAUUCUUUACUUCCUAAAGUUGAAAAUAAACAAAAUUCUAUACAAAAACGAAUUGAAAAAAUCGAAACCCGCAAACAACGUGGUGAAGGUGAAGAUGAAAGCGUAUCAAAGGCUGUGAUCAAUGACUUGGAUAACAUGGAAGGAGAUAUUAAGAAAUUAGAAGAUGCUUAUAGUCGUCUACGGUCAGCCAGAGGUAUUGAGUUUCGCGGAUCUGGAGCGGAUGAUGCAGCGCGUCUUCGAGAUUCAGUGAGGCGGUGGCAACAAUUGAAAGUAAGAGUAAACGCCGCGGGUGCUGACGCUCAUAGGCAAUUUGUCGCAGCGCAUGGAAAAGCAGUUGUUGCUUUAGCUGAAGCUGAUGUAAGAUUGACAAGAGCGUUACACUUAUCUCCUACACCAUCGGAUAAAACUGCGAUUCUUAAGGAGUUAGAUGAAGUAAUGGCUGAUCUGCGUGAAUGCGAGGCUCUGGUUCAAGAAGCAGAUAGACUAUCGACCUCAGUCACGAGCCUGUCUGGUGUUAGCGACAUGGUAGCAGAAUAUCACGCCUUGUUUGCUGAUGUCACAACCAGAUUGAAUAUUGCGCGAGCUGAGGUUGUCGGAGAUGUCGAUUCUGCUGUACAGGUUGAUACGCUUAAAUGGGAAACAGAUGCCGCCCUUCAAGUGGACACAUUAACAUCGAAAGAGACGUACCAUGUUGAAUUAACAUCAGCUGUUAAAGAAGCAUCUGAAGCGCUAGAAGCCUUAAGAACAGCUUUACUACAAGACUUCAAAGAAAACGCUUCAAGCGAAGAAUUAGCUACAGCAGCUAAAGAAAUCGCUAGAGCUGGAGCUAAACCAGCACAAACUCUAGAAUUAGCAAAACAUUUAUCUGAACUGCUACUAACUGAAUGUGAUGCAACUGAACAAGAAGCAAUGCUCGAUGAAGUUAAUUCAUUAUCCCUUAGAUACGAAGAUCUAUUGAACCAGGCUAAAAAACGAGAGCUUCAAAUAAAUAACUUGAGGUUGCCGCACUCAGCGUCGUAUGCUCUCACUUGUGAACACGAGGCUGGUCGUUUGACUUGCCCCCUGUGCUCGGAUAGGAACUGGAAGCAACUGGACAAUGACUUGUGGCGGUUGGAGCAAUGGCUGCAGUUCUCUGAAGCGACGGAUGAGGCCAGGAUGGAGCCCCCAGAACAAUAUGACGCGUUGGAAGAUGCUAUACAGGAUCACCGCGAGUUCCUAUUAGAUUUGGACUCGCACAAAGCGCUUGUGGUGUCGCUGAAUGUUGUGGGCACACACGUGGCGCGACACGCUCGGGACGCGGCGGCGGCCGAACGCGUCACUGAGCGUCUGGCGGCGGCCAAUCGCCGCUGGGACGCCGCGUGUGCACGCGCCGCCGAAUGGCAAACCAAACUACAACGCGCUCUUGUGCAUAACCAAGAGUUCCACGAUAUCGUGGUAGAGCUUGUGAGCCAGCUGGGUAACGCCGAGCGGGUUGUACGCUCGCGCGAACCGUUGCGGUUGACACGCGCGGCGUCUGAACUGCGACGUGACUUCCGACGCUUCAGCGAGUUACGCGACGAGCUCACCCGAGCUGAACCGCGCGUACUGGCAUUACGCGAUGCCGCCCGUCUACUGCAAGAAGACGCACGACAUGUUUACACCAGGCUGGGAGAGCUACGGCUUCGUCUACAGUCGCUCCGCAAGUUGUCGGCGGUAUAUGCUCUCAAACUGGGGGCAGCACUUGCGCGACACCCCGACUCGGGCUCGGCUCUAGCCGCAGCGGCGGCCGCAGUGGCACCGCAGCUUAUGGAGGAUGAGGAGGAGCAGAUGUCACUCAACCUGCCGCCCCUCAGCGAAGCAGACGUGGCGGUUAGUGACGAAACAGAAGAGCGUUCACUAACGGGCGUACAGCGCGGCUUGCGUUUCGUAUGCCGCGUGGCGCGAGCGUCACUUCCGUUCCAAGCCUUAUUGUUGUUGUUGCUUGGAGCGGCCGCGCUGGCGCCGCACACACAGACCGACUGCCGAGCCGUGCCCUCGCUAACACCAGUACUGCGCUAUCCAGACGGACCCCCUCCCAUAUAGACUAGUACACAUGAGCAAAUAAUUUCCACGCGUAAAUUAAACGAGGCGAUAUUUUGUGUUCUAUGUUUCACUAUGAUUUAUAUUAAGUUUACUACAUACUCACAAUUAUUGAGUAAACUUAUUAUAAAACUAUGUAGUCCUUAGAACACUAAAUACAGUCUCUUACUACUACUAAACUGUUGUCUCACACACUCAGUGACUCGACAUAUCGAACAAAAUUCGACUCCAAACUUAUUAAUAUAUAUGUAAUUAAUUAUUUAUUGUAUUUGUAAAGACAUCACAAAUUAAUGAACUUAACAUCUAAAAUAUUAUUAGCUUGGCUCGCCGAGCUUAUUGCAAUAAACCUUGGCUGAACACAAACGCAAUUGCUCACAAGUCCGAACUCCCUCUACGACAUUUGACAGUUGUCUUUGAUGUUUCAGCGCAUGCGCUCUCGCCACCGCUUUUGGUAAAACGCAGUGUUUGAGGGCGCGAAAACAUUCCAUAUUCUCAAACACAGGUGCUAUUGGGCCGACACGUAUGUAAAUAGAUCCGUUUUUGUAUAUUUGUAACGUAUAAAGACACUUAUGACGGCCGAUUCCAAAAUGCGCCCUCUCAUGAAAACUAUUUAAUCUAUAUUUAAAAAGCGUCGCACAAAUGACGACAUAUUAUUCGCAUUCAUGCAUUGUUACUUAAACGUUAGUUAGUAAGGACUGAUUAUAAAAGUCAAAUAAAGCAUUGCAUUGAUUA